AUGUUUGCGUUUGCUGCUCAAGAUCUGGCUUAUGAUUUGAACGUUCCAUUUGUGAUUCACUCUUGUACGAGUGUCGAAGGUGUAUUCAGUCUACCUUCAUGGAUACCACGCGGAUUUGACGAUCGAACACAAGAGGAUUUGAAAGAUUCGCUAUUCGCUCGCUUGGACAAUUAUUUAAUUGAGCCUUUACGUAUUGCCUUUUAUUUGGGACCACAUAUGCUAGAAUUGGAUCGGCUGAGGCGACGCAACAAUCGUACUACGCAAGGCAUUCAUCCUCUAUUCGGCAAUCCAGUACGACGUUGGCAAGAUCAUCCGAUCUUAAUUCCAUAUCCAUUAGCACUUGAAUUUCGUCGUGCUUACACACCGAAUUAUCACUUUCUGGGUUUUGUAUUGGACGAACAAGAUUCUAAUAAAGUAUCCGAUGAAUCCAACGAAAUCGAUGUUUGGCUGAACCAAAUUCAUCAUAUCGACGAGUUUAUUGUAGUUGUUGCACUGGGAUCGGUUAGUGUAUUGAAUGAACAUACAUGGACAGCCAUCGUAGAUAGUCUCACUCUUCUAUCGAAUAUGCGUAUGCUUCUGGCUAUUCAUGAUGAAACAGGUCGAAAUUUUGUAACGGACCUAACAAGCAAAUUUGAUCCACAUCGAGUGUUAGUUCGAUCCUGGAUUCCUCAACAGCGUGUACUCCACAAUCAUCAUGUUCGGGUAUUCGUCUGCCAUGGUGGUCUUUAUUCGAUUGGAGAGGCAAUACAUGCGCACAAACCAACGAUUAUUUUACCUGGUUUUGGAGAUCAAAAAGCGAAUGGCGCUCGCAUGCGUGCGCAGAAUAUCAGUGUGGUUCUUCAACGUCACUCACUCACAGCUAAACUGUUCGCUGAAGCCGUACAAUCGCUGGUCCAUAAUGAUCGAUACGUAGAUAUUAUUGAACGACUUAAACGUUUACACUAUUUGAGUAAAUCGGAAGGUGGUGGAGCACGUCGAGCUGCUCAGCUGAUUGAAGGAUGGGCUCGUCAUGGUUACACUCAUCUCAAUACUCUUGAUCAUCAGCCCACCUUUUGGAUCGCUCACGAAUGGGACAUUUACGUUUUUAUUCUUUCUUUUGUGUUUAUUAUCUGGAAAAUUAUAGGAUACCCUUUCGUUAGAAAUGAAAAAAAACCAUUAGAAAAUGAACAAUGA